GCCGUGUCCUUGUCGCGCGCCCCGCCCGGCCGUGGGCUCGCGGCGCGAAGUGCGUGACGUGGCGGCGCGUGCUGUUACGUGGCGUGCUGUAAUGCAGCGUGCUGUUACUGCUGUUAUUGCAGCGUGCUGCUAUUGCUGUAAUGCAGCGUGCUGUUACUGCUGUUAUUGCAGCGUGCUGCUAUUGCUGUAAUGCAGCGUGCUGUUACUGCUGUUAUUGCAACGUGCUGCUAUUGCUGUAAUGCAGCGUGCUGUUACUGCUGUUAUUGCAGCGUGCUGCUAUUGCUGUUACGCGGCAUGCUGCAUGCUCGGGUGUCCGGGAUGUGCUGCUUGUCCGUGCUCAGGAGCCGCUGUCUGGCUGCUCACGGCUGUUAUUCCACAUUUCUGCUGCUGCUUCGGAGCGGUUAUCUGUGCACCUUUGGGUUCAUUUCCCCGCGUGCCCUCAGCUGACUGCUCACCAUUUCCAUAAAAGUACCCAGGAAAGCACCUUGGCAGCUCUUACACAUCAGGCAUUGUUCAGCGCCUCGGCUUUAGUCCUCAUACCUCAGCAGAAAAAGCUCUGACAGUGCUGCUUUGCUAAAGGCUGCUCUCUUAUCGAUUAACCUUGGAGCUGUCAGCAUUCUGAAGUUUAUUUUGAUUCGCCGUUUAUCUCCACGGUCGAUAGUUGGCGUUUUGCAUUCUCGGCUCGGAUCUGCGGUCACUGCUGUAAUGUAUGCCACGUGCUGCAUUUGCAGAAAGGUCUCUGUCACCUCUAGCAAAGAGCAAAUCCCAUUCUUGCAUUGCUCAGAUCUCAGCCUUUGUCUCACACUGGAGUGUUUUUGGUGGACGUGCAGCUCAGGGCACAGCCUGGCCAGCAAACAGCUGUGUGUUCAGUGCUGUCCCGUGACCCGAACUGCAGUAGAAAGCAAACGAAGACAUCCUUUAAACUAAUCUUAGAGGCUGUAAAUCCUUCAGAUAUAACCCAUAUCUGAAUUGGACGGAGGUUAAAAAGAAACUGACAUCCAUGCAGUUCACUCUUAUCACCUACUUUAGCAUAUUAGAUUAACAGUGCUACCAGAGCGAGACCAAGUCCAAAUAACAUGCUGGACAACCUUUAUUCUCUUGAAAUGCCAAUUUCCACUUCCUCCUUUGCACGUACCCAAAUAGCUUGGAGGAAUCACGUUGCUCCAUAUUAAGUCCAUGAUAAAUAACAAUUAGCAGCAACAGCUGAGAAUUAAAAACUCUUUCCUCAGUAGGAAAUACUUUGCGUUAGUCAAGAGAAAGUGUCAGUGGAAACAGUAGCAGUCUCAAAUAUGGAAAUGAAGCAACAGGAACAGAGAUGAAAUGGCACGAGGCUGGGAGGGGAGUUAGGAAUAUUCCUUCCAGAAAAGGUUGCUUGAUAAAAAUAUAAUGGUAGGUACAAAAAAAUCAGGCAGGGACAACAAGGCACCACCAUUACUUGUGCUUGCAGAUCACUGCAAUUCUCACUACUGCUAGCUUGAAAUUCUGCUUACAAAACAGCUUCACUCAUGAGGGGCUGAAUGAUGCUAACUGUGAGAGGAAGUGGUCCUCAACUUUCCUCACAUGGAAAAAUAAACACGGUAAGUUAUGUCAAGUAACACCCUCAUUUCUCUGAGCUUAGUUUACAAUAGGACACUGUAUAUUGGGCAAGUAGUACAGAUCGGGGCCACAUCUGCAUAAUAAAGACAACACUCCAGCACCUUACAUCUUGCAAUACUGUAAUUACAGACUUCAUGGUUGGUAAGCAUAUUUAAACACAAAUGAGCCCAACCACAUUCUAACCUAUUUGCAUUUCAUCCUCGUAGGUAGAAUCAAUACCUGUGACUGUUUGAUGUAGCGACAGCUGUUGCAGUUUAUAGAUUUAGUGAGACAUGAUGAAAGCUGGACUGCUGGGCUUUGCCAAACACCCCUGUAACUCACAUGCGUUGAACAAAUACACCUUUGACCCAUUCAGUUGCAUUGGCAUCAGCUACUUUGUGCUGAAAACAUGAGUUCAUGCCUAGUAGAAACGACUUAUGUUUAAGGUAGAGCUGUCUUUUUUAUUCUCAAUACAGCCGUUCACUCUUGAUGAAAAACUCGUACCUGCAGAGCUGUAUUCUGAGCGCUGGACUGAGUGACAGCAUGUGCACAUGCACAGGGAGCAGUGCCAGCACUAACAGUGACACGGUACUGACUUCACAUGACUCGUCUGGGAGGGGACAGCCAACUCCUGCCUGGAAACACCCCGGUGCCGGUGCCCAAACCCUCAUAAAGUUUCCGCAGCAGUAGUGAAAGGUGAGGAGUUGUACUGUGAGCAGAAACAAAGGACCUCUCCUAGGCUACAGCCAGCGGGAGGUGAGCAAAGAGACUGAGCUCAAAGGUAUUGUGGCUUGAAAAUACCUGAUUGAAACUGAAGAAAUAACUAAAAGGCGCUGCCAUGUGUGUGUUUAAAAUACAAUUGUAAGCUUUUCUAGGAACUGUAAUUGCCUUCUGAGCUAUGCAGAGCUUGGCACGAUAGGAGACCCACCAGACACAACAUCUAGUCCCGUAUCUGACUGUACAGUGUGGCUGAUGUGCAGCUUUUGUGGAGAGCAGGUAGGUUGUCCUUACAUUUUCUUUUAUAGGUUUUGUGCUUUCGCAGAGAAGUGGAAGACAAGGUGCUUUGCCACACUGGCCGUGCACUGUAAAGGUUGAUUCCAGCGAAGUAAUAAAAUAGAAGAUUCAAGCAAGAGGGAAAAAGGAGUCCCAAGCAGCUGGGCUGGCAGCCAGUCCAUCACUGCAGACAUCUCCAGUUAUUCCUGCCAGCAGCAGGAGCACAAUAGUGGGUGCAGUACAAGGGGAAGUGGGUACUGGUGCAGUCUCAGCAUGGGACUGUCUGGGCAACAAGAAAUGUAAGGGGGCAUUAAUAAUAAUAAUAAUAAUAAUAAUAAUAAUAAUAAUAAUAAUAAUAGUAAUAAUGUAAAUUUUUAAUACAAAAAGUAUCUUUUUAAUCAAAGUUUUCUAACAGUUUGGUUGUUUUUCUUUUCUGUUGAUGUUAAGCAUUUUAGAACAUGGCCUGGACAAGCUAGUGCUUUCUGAUAGCUGAAAUGUAAAAGACGAAGCAGAGCUCAUACUUAGUUGUUGGAGAAAUGAUGAAGUACGUGGAAAUGAAAGAAAUAGCUUGUGUUGGAAUUCUUUACUGCCUAAAGCCAGAAAAGCACUGAUUUACAGUUUCCUUUGGAUCAAACUUUGUGUUAACGAGUCAGAGAUAACCUCAAAGGAACUUCUAUUUUAAACAGCAUCGGUUCUGUCUAAUGCUUGCAAAUAGCUGCAGACAGCUGAGGUCUUCACUGGUUGCUUCAGGGCUGUAUAACAUGCCAAAAGAGAUCAGUGCCAAGCAGUUGGAAGGACUUUUUGUUUGCUCAAACAGCCAUGGUUACAUGAAUGCUUCUGUUAACAUACCUGGUGCAUUCUGAAUCAGAAGAGAUAAUCGGCAUAAAGAGAGCAAUGGGGGAAAACACAGUCCAUCAAAAUGUAUCUUGUUUUAGUGGAAAUAACAUGAAGUGUUUCUGUCAAUAAAGGUAGAAUAUUGAGAUUUUGGGGAGAGGGAGGGUAAGCAGAAAUGGCAGUGCUGUUUCAAAACGGAAGGUUUUGCUCAAGAAUGGCUCCUGUGAUAAAAUAAUCCCGUGAUUAUUUAAAAAAAAUAGGAGGAAUAGAAACUUAUUUACAGCCCCACAGAAAGUGGGGCUCAGCCAAGCAAUGGCUUUCUCUUCCCAGCAGCUCCAAGCAGAGGUGCGUUCUCCACUGUGCCCUUUGCGUGCAAAGAUGCAGCACUGCUGUACGGAGCUGCUGAUGGUAACUGAGACAUCUGCACCUCUCAGAUCCAGUGCUGUCUGUUACAAGAUCGUCUGGGAGUGCAAUAAUCUCUUACCACAGUCACUAUGGCCAGCACUAUUUACUGUCCUGUCACAGCAGAAUAAUUUCACUGUGCUGUUUUCUGUCUCUGCUGGGUGGUUGUAGAGAAGUUAGCGAGGCAUACAACAAAAGGACAAGGGACAUGAGUUACAAGGGGCAUUCUGACUAGAUAUUAGGAAAAAAAUACAGGAGAGGUAGUCCAACACCAGAACAGAUUUCACAGAGAAGCUGUGGAGUCUCCCUCCGUGUGGAUGCUCAGAGCUCAGCCCAAGGCUCUCAGCAACCUGAUCUAACUUUGUAGUUGGUUUUGUACUGAGCAAGAUGUUGGACCAAGUCUCUUCCAAGUGAAAUUGGGUUGUUAUUUUAUGUAGUGAAGUAAAACAUCCUUAAAGAGUAAGGAAAGUUUUGGAACAGGGACUGGAAUGGCUCAAAGCACCAUGAAUGAAUGGGUUAUUCAUUUAUUCAUUUGACGUGUUCCAACCUUAGUGGUGUUUUCAUAGAGAUAAUCAGCACUCCUGCAGAGGACCUGUGUGACAAGAUGAGAGCACACUGUGUAUUGCAUAACAUAAACUCCUUCAUCAAGAUCAGGAGGUCUUUGCAAUGAAGAUAAGAUCAGCUUGUCCCAUGUGUAUUCCUCCUUUCUGAAACGCUGCAUGAAGAAUACUCCCAAGACGCUUGCUAUCAUCACAAAGAUGAAGAGAGACUCCGGGUAUUCCACCACGGCUGCACAUCAGGAGCAGGAAGAGAAGCUCUGGGCUGCUGUGAAGAUGUCUGCCCUUGUCCUUGGCUCAGCCCUGCUCAUAUUCACUGCCUUAAUGAACUCUGUUUCUUGGUGCGUGCAAAAGAUCUGGGAUACUUCAGGCUACUUUUGGCAGACAACAUGGCUGAAGCUUUACUACCUGUUUGAGGGAAGGGAAUGGUCUCUUUUCCUCUUUGGGGCUGCAUUGGUUCCUAGCCUUGCUUUUUGGUGCUUCAAUGGAAUCCUUAUGGUGGCUGAUGUAACAGGAAAGCCAACUUUCAUUACUCGGUAUCGCAUUCAGCUGGGCAAGAAUGAUCCUGUGGACACACAGAAAUUGCGACAAGCCAUCUACACAGCGCUGUUUAAUCAGUUCUUUGUCUCCCUUCCCAUGCUCGUGCCCAUGUUCUAUGUAAUGAAAUGGUGGGGCAACACCUUCAGCAAGGAAUUACCCACUUUCCAAUGGUUUCUUGUGGAGCUGAGCAUCUUUACCUUAAUAGAGGAAAUCCUCUUCUAUUAUUCACACAGGCUUGUUCAUCUCCCACUCCUGUACAAGCACAUCCACAAGAAGCACCACGAAUGGACAGCCCCCAUUGGCGUGGUCUCCAUUUAUGCUCACCCAUUAGAACACAUACUCUCCAACACGCUGCCUGUCAUGACUGGCCCAAUGCUCAUGGGGUCUCACAUGGUUUCAAUCACAGCGUGGUUCUCCCUUGCUCUUGUAACAACGAGCAUUUCGCACUGCGGUUACCACCUGCCCUUCCUACCAUCACCUGAAUUCCACGACUUCCAUCACCUCAAGUUCAACCAGUGUUAUGGAGUCCUGGGAGUGUUGGAUUAUCUGCAUGGAACAGAUGAUGUGUUCAGACAAAGCAAAGCCUACGAGAGACACAGGGUCCUCCUCAGCCUCACCCCGCUCUCCAAAAGCAUCCCUGAUAUACCCAAGAGAGCAGGGUGAACCCUCCAGGCUGCAGCUCCUGCAGAGCCCAGGGAUAAGGAGAGGAAGAGACAAUGAUUUACACUAAUAUUUUACUUGUGAAACAAGUUAUUAUUCACACAUAAUGAAUCUCAAAACUGAACUUAAACACAAUACUUGAGAUGACUUCAUGUACUGCCUGUUAUUCUCCACCUAAAGCAUGAAAAAACAACUCUAGAAAGGUAUUUCUAAACCACUGCACUACUUCUUGGUUCCAGCUGCCUGCAUGUAAGAUGAAUUCUAGGCUACGUGGUUUCAAGACUUGCUGCAUUUUCACUGUUAAGGUUAUAGCUUCUCAUAGACCAUGUCAUGGCCUCUUCCAGCAGCAUUCUCUAACAAUACCAGUAAGGUCACUGUAACUACAUACACAGGAAUCAAGCCCACAUGGCUUCAGACAUCUCCCCUUCAUGCACGUAACAGGCCUGCUUUUCCUUCAGCAGUUUUUCCACUCUGUAAGAUGCAGGUCUGAUUUCAGGGCUGUUCAUCCUCAUCAACACUCCACAAACCAACCUCUGCAAAUGUAGAGUUUCUCCCACAGGAAAGAUAAAGACAUUUGGAGCUAAGAUUAUAUGGGGGGAAACAAGAAGCCUCUCAGUCACUGUCCCCACAAGAAAGGAGGUCCCUUCAGCCUGAAAUCCAACUGACAAGUCCUGCUACAUCAGCUCCUACUUGCAAGCCUCGUGUGUCAGCUCAUGGCAGCAGCUCUUCCUGCACUGUCCUCCAGAUCCUCCAACCACCCUGCGCCAGCCAGCCCAUCCGCAGAGCCUACAGCCCUCUGUGGAAAACACAAUGGUUAGCACAACAGAAAACCCAAACCGCACUGUCUUUUGAAGUUUUUAUUUUUAUACAUUUUUUUUUUGUAUUAAAAAGGAAAAAGCAUAAUUACCACAAAUUACAAAGGACUAAAGCAUUACUAGAAUAAUGAAUCACAUCAGCCUAGAAAGCAGAUACUCUGAAUAAUAUUAAUGUUAUAAUACAAGCUCUCAUUCAAGUAUUUUACAUUUUUCUCUUUUCCUUUUAUAUGCGAUGAUGAUCCUAGCACAUGGGUCAAAGAUUAUGUACUAUCGACAGAAGAUGGAUCAUGUACAGCGGGCCAUAUUAACAAGAUUUUCCUCCCAACUGAUAAAUGGUCUGUGAUGAGUCAUUUUAAGUUUGUCUCUACGAUAAAUGCGGCUGAAGAAGGUUGCACACACUUUCUAGUCUGGGGAACAGAAGGCUGAGGUUGGGAUAUAGCCAGUCUGAGAAGGGCCAGCACAUCGAACCAUCGCCCUGUUGUCCCAGCCACCGAGGCUGAGGUCUUACCCACGUGACCUGAGCGAGUCGGAGCAGGCAGGCAGAGCCUCCCCUGGGUACAACUCAGCGAUGGUUUGUGAGAUCCAAGGAUUUCCAACCCCAGCAGGAGCGGAUCAGGCUGGGAGAGGAAGGGGGGAGCAGGGCGGGCUGCCUUCCCUACGGGCAUACAUCUGCACCAGGGAGGCUCGGGGACCAAGUGCUGCAAGCACCCCUCCCAUGACAGCUGUCACCGUCCCCAGCCCACCCACAAGACUGCCACUGGGAGAUGGGGACAGGAGGGCAGCAAAGGCCUUGAGUGACCCAGAGUGCUGCAAAGGGGCAGUGGUACCUGGGUCGGUCCAUGCUCUUCUGGAGCUCCCCACUGAGGGGAUGUGCUUGUCACAGAUACGUCGGUCCUAUGUUCAAGUGUCUGCAGAAAGUGAAGCUGUAAACUACUCAUUGAAAUGCUGCCCUCCAGGCACCCACUCUGUGCCACUGAGAUGAAAAUUUGCUUUUUAAAAAAGUCAUUCUACCUGUAUUGGAAACUUUAAAAAAAAAAAAAAAAAAAAAAAAAAGAAAA